GUAUAUAUAGGCUUCCACAGUUGGUCAGGCUUCAGUUCUAAAAUAAGUAUCGCCAAUAAGUAGGUACUAGGGCAAGAUGACAAGUGUUUCAGCUGUAGUGUUGCUCUGUUGGCUGGCGUUAGCCACGGCCAAUUUGGAACUUGUCGAUCAGAAGGAGAAUGGAUUUAGCAUGGCGAACUUUGAACGACUCAUGGAUCUGCGUCCAUUGGGUACGGAAUUCUUUCGCCAUUUCGAGAACAUUUCAGAGGCGGAUCUGGAGCUCUUCGAGGGGCGGCUACCCAGCCAGCAGGAUCUGGUGUGCCUCGCAGACAUUACCCAACUUAUGCAGGCUCUGACCUCGGGACGCUUAUGGGCCCUCAGCAUGAUUGAUUCGUGGGGAACCAUACCGUCUGGCUAUCUGAUGGGAAAUCGCAUCGAUUUCGGCAACUACGAUCAGUGCAUCAGGCUGGACAAGACUAUCACGGAUGGCCACAGCAUUCAAGGGAAAUACUGCUUCUUGGAGCUGCCUGUGGCCAAGUGGCUCGGCUUUGACAUGGAGAUCUUGAAGGUAACCAACAUGAGGACCGCUGUGUGCCUGCCCUCCUCCUGCUCCGCCGAGCUUAUGGAGACCUUUGUGGGGCAGCUGCUUCAGCGGCUUCUCGGUGUCAGCAAUGCCAACACCAAGUUCUCCAUCGACGAGUCGAGCUGUAGGGUAGCACACAGCAAAUCCUUAGACAGCCUUACCAUUGUGACAAUUGUACUGCUAUCAGUGUUUGCUUCUGUGAUGAUUAUUUGCACCGCCUACGACUACCUAUUCUUCGGCGAUAAGACAAGACCACCACACCGUUUAGUCAGUGUAUUCUCUGCACGUGCCAAUUCCCGAAGUCUAUUUGCCAUGGUGGACAUCGAAUCGAGUCCCAAUGUCAUUCAUUGCCUGCAUGGCAUACGCUGCAUGUCGCUUAUUUGGGUGAUCUAUAGCCAUGAGUUCAUCAUUGCUCUGAUAUCGCCAAAUAUCAACCAAUUGGAUGCCCUUCGAUGGAUGCAGCAAGCAUUCAGCAGCUUCAUUCUGUACGCCCCGUUCUCGGUGGACAGUUUCUUCUUCCUCAGCGGCCUGCUGGUGGUUAUGAUUUCCAUGCGCCUUCUGGACAAAACAAAGGGCAAGAUAAAUGUGCCAAUGAUGUAUCUGCAUCGGUAUCUACGCCUCACACCACUCCUGGUGGUGGCUAUUCUCGUAUACUGGAAAUUCUUGCCCCACUUCGCCGAUGGACCACUGUAUGAGCAGGUCCGCUUUGCGGACUAUUCCGUGUGUAAGCGCACCUGGUUCUGGACGCUGCUCUACGUGCAAAAUUACGCCACCAAGGAGACGUGCGUUACUCACACUUGGUAUCUGGCCGUGGAUAUGCAACUGUAUAUCAUAUCGCCGAUUCUGCUGUUAGCUCUUUAUAGAUGGGGCAAGAAGGCAGCUGGAGGCAUUCUGCUGCUCAUGCUGCUGCUCUCUUCCUGCCUCUUUGCCACCAUACUGAUCAAGAACUACAAAGUGCUCUUCAAAAACGGUGGCAUGGAUCAGGAUAUGCAGCGGGAACUCUACAGUCAGACACAUAACCAUGCGGCGCCAUGGCUGGUGGGGCUGCUCUUUGGCUACUUUCUGCACCUGACCCGCGGCAAACAGUUCCAGAUGAGUCGCCUCAUCGUCUGGGUCGGCUGGUUGCUCUGUCUGGCCCUGCUCUUUACUUCAAUCUUUGCCUUGUACCCGUACGCCAAGUUGCUGGGACCGUCGCCAACGGUCUUGGCGCAGGCCUUCUACUACACCCUGACCCGCAUCGCCUGGCCCCUGGGCCUCUGCUGGGUGGUCUUUGCCUGCAUGCAGGGCCACGGAGGCCUGGCCAACAGCUUCCUAUCCUCGCCGCUCUGGCAGCCACUGUCGAGGCUCUCCUACUCCGCCUACAUCUGGCACGUGUUCAUCAUGGAGGUUAACCACAGACGCAUACGCUCGUAUUCGCAUUUUACAAACUACGAUAUGAUGCUGGGCUUUUGGGCCACCUUUGGCUUCACCAUGCUGAUGUCCUAUACGUUCUUCAUUGUCAUUGAGGCGCCCUUGGCUGGCCUGGAGUCUCUCCUGCUGCCCACUCGCAAGCCCAACUUGAAGCCCAGCCCGCAGCCAGUCGUCGCCACGGACGCAGUCGAAGCUGCCGUCGAACCUGAGGUACAAGCAGAGCAGACCGACUUGGAUGUGGCUACUACAACGACUUCUAAACAAAGCGUUUAGCAGCAAUUAUCAUUUGAAUCUAAGACUUUAAUGUCAAUCCACCGCUUCAAAGUGCUGCCUGGUAUGAGUACUUGUAAAGUACUUAUUUGUAAACCUAAGGAAUCUAGAAGUUGACUGAGUAAAUAUACUAAAAUUCUGCAUGAG